AUGUUUUCAUAAUUAAUUUUGUCAGUAUUAUUAGGAAUAACCUUCUGUGGUUGGACAAGAACCCCUUAAAUAAAAAUAGAUAAGUUCAAUUAAACAGAUUAAACAAUUUCAAUCAGCACUGAAGAUUUCAAGCAUCUAAAGUAUCCCAAUGCUUUUGACUUGGAAUUAUAUUAUUAAGAAGGAUUGGUUGAUAAUAAGGAUAUUACUAAAUAUUAAAAAAUCAAUGAUACAUAAUUAUAUCAGCAAGGCUGUUCUUAUUUUGAAAGGAAAAUAAAAGUGGAAGAUCAAUUAUAAAUUUAAUUGCCUGAUGAAAGCAAGUUUAAUUUUACUGAUAUGGUGGUUGUUGGCUAAUAAGCAUACCUAAUAAGAAAUGAUAAUAAAAUAUUUAAGGUCUAAUUAGAUUUUAAUGGAAAUGAAUUAAAGGUAAUCUAUUUUGUCUAUGAUAUUUAAGAAAAUGAGUGUUUAAUCCUAGCAUUUGGAUUACUCAGAAUAAAUUGCUAUUGAUUAAAAGAAGAAAUCUCACUUUGUAGUUUCAAAUGGUUAAAUUUUUGUAGUGACCGAAAAAGGAGCAAUUAGUUUUUAGUAUUCGGAAUGGUAAAAUGGAAUUUUGCCUCCAAUUAAAUUUCAUAAUUUAGAAGUAGUAAGCAAGAUAAAUUAUGUCCAUUAUGAUGAAAAAUAUCAACGAUUAUUCAUAGUAGCAGGUAAAUAAGGAGUAUACGUAUACAAAAUAAAAGAAAAGAGCUUAGAUCAUGCAUACACAAUAUCAGGAAACUUAAACAUCAUUAAAGUAUAGACUAAAAAUGAUUAACUCUUUUUGUUAGAUGAUAAAAUUGGAAUACACUUUUACACUUUAAAUGAAAAUGAAUACACAGAUAAUGGUAAUGAUAAUAUAUCAAUUAUGUAGAAUUUAAGAUUCCUUUGGAAAAUCCGAUAUCUUUUGUGUAUAACAAGAACUCCUUUUUAGUGAUAGCUUAAACUGGGUAAACCUCAGAUAAGAUUAUUUUUGGAAUAGAAAUUCUGUUUCACUUUAAAAAUCAGGAAUUUUAUUACAAUAAAUUUUAUUUAGAAGAUAUGCAAUUAAAAGAAGUCCAAAAUUGUGGAGACUUUUAAUUCUUAAUUGGUUAUGAUGUACACAAAAUCGUUUAGACUAAUGUAUAUAGAGGAUUCGUAGAUGAAAAUUUUGAUUAUGAUACCGACUUCAUGAUACCUUUAUUAUAGAAAAUUGAAGAAAUUGAAGGUACAGAUUAUGAAAAAGCAGAUACUUAAUAUCAUUAUUCAUUAGCAUUGACUCCUCAUUAUCUAUAUGGACUGAUUAUUAAGGAUAAAAAUCCAGAAAUAGUUUGUUCAUCUAUAAAAUAAAUUGAAUAAUCAUAUGCCAUUUUAAUUAAUUCAACUUAAUGCGAGAAGGCUGAAAUAGAUCCAUUCAUAGUUUGUCAUGAGGAACAUUUUAUUAAUUUAGUAGUCAAUGAAGUAUUGCUAGAUUCCUAAUCGUAAUGGUACGCAGAGGUUUUCCUGAUUGUGGUUUUUGUAAUUUUUAUUCUGUUGUUGAUUUGUGGAUACAGAAUGUGUUCAAAAUGGAAAUCUAUCAUGUAAACAAUGGAGAUACAAUUAAAAAAAUAAGAAAAUAAAAAAAAACAAUAUGCAAAUUUACAAAUGGCAUGAUGAAAUUUCAAUAUAAUACAGUAAAC